AUGGACACCUCGUACCCGCGGGAGGACCACAAGCAGGAGCCGACCCCCACCGUCAGCUCCCCACUGCCCCGGGACCACCUCGUCUGGUCCAUCUUCAACACCAUCUACAUGAACUUCUGCUGCCUCGGCUUCGUGGCGCUCGCCUUCUCCGUCAAGCUGUGA